CUCGGUACUGAAUGGGCUGGUGGCGCCCGGCUCCGUCCCGCCCGCCGCCGGCCCCCGCGCCCGAUCCCGCCCCGCCCGGGCCUCGGCCGGCCGCCGCCAGCCCCCGCACGGGCUGUGAAUGAAAGGCAGGCGCCACCAGGGGCUGGCUGCAAGCGACGCGGCGACGCCGGCCUCCGGGGAGGCGCGCGCCCCGCGGAGAUGUACGGUGUGUGCGGCUGCUGUGGCGCCCUUCGCCCCAGGUAUAAAAGGCUGGUUGACAACAUCUUCCCUGAGGAUCCCGAGGAUGGCCUGGUGAAGACCAACAUGGAGAAGCUGACCUUCUAUGCCCUCUCGGCUCCAGAAAAGCUAGAUCGGAUCGGUGCCUACCUCUCCGAGAGGCUCAUCCGUGAUGUGGGUCGUCAUCGAUACGGGUACGUGUGCAUCGCCAUGGAGGCGCUGGACCAGCUGCUCAUGGCCUGCCACUGCCAGAGCAUCAACCUCUUCGUGGAGAGUUUCCUCAAGAUGGUGGCCAAGCUGCUGGAGUCAGAGAAGCCCAAUCUGCAGAUCCUCGGCACCAACUCGUUUGUGAAGUUUGCCAACAUCGAGGAGGACACCCCAUCCUACCACCGGAGUUACGACUUCUUUGUGUCCCGAUUCAGUGAAAUGUGCCACUCCAGCCACGAUGACUUGGAAAUCAAGACCAAAAUCCGGAUGUCAGGCAUCAAAGGUCUGCAAGGGGUGGUGAGGAAGACAGUGAAUGAUGAAUUGCAGGCCAAUAUCUGGGACCCGCAGCACAUGGACAAGAUUGUCCCGUCACUGCUUUUCAAUCUGCAGCAUGUGGAGGAGGCAGAGAGCCGGUCUCCCUCUCCCCUCCAAGCACCAGAGAAGGAAAAGGAGAACCCAGCAGAACUGGCUGAGCGGUGCCUGCGGGAGCUGCUGGGCCGGGCUGCCUUUGGCAAUAUCAAAAAUGCCAUCAAGCCUGUUCUCAUCCAUCUGGAUAACCAUUCUCUUUGGGAACCCAAGGUGUUCGCCAUCCGUUGCUUUAAAAUCAUCAUGUACUCAAUUCAGCCGCAGCACUCGCACCUGGUUAUCCAGCAGCUCCUGAGCCACCUGGACGCCAACAGCCGCAGCGCGGCGACCGUGCGCGCGGGCAUCGUGGAGGUCCUGUCGGAAGCUGCGGUUAUCGCAGCCACCGGCUCAGUCGGGCCCACGGUGCUGGAGAUGUUCAACACUCUGCUGCGGCAGCUGCGGCUCAGCAUCGACUACGCGCUGACCGGGAGCUACGACGGGGCCCUGAGCCUGGGCACCAAGAUCAUCAAGGAACACGAGGAGCGCAUGUUCCAGGAAGCGGUUAUUAAGACCAUCGGCUCCUUUGCCAGCACAUUGCCCACUUACCAGCGCUCCGAGGUGAUCCUCUUCAUCAUGAGCAAGGUCCCUCUGCCUUCCCUGCAUCAUGCCAUAGAGACAGGGAGGACCGGGGAGAACAGGAAUCGGCUGACCCAGAUUAUGCUGCUGAAGUCCCUCCUGCAGGUAUCCACAGGUUUCCAGUGCAACAACAUGAUGUCAGCUCUGCCCAGCAACUUCCUCGACCGCCUUCUCUCCACCGCCCUCAUGGAGGAUGCAGAAAUUCGUCUCUUCGUUCUAGAGAUUCUCAUCAGUUUCAUUGAUCGUCAUGGCAAUCGCCACAAGUUCUCUACCAUCAGUACCCUCAGUGACAUCUCAGUCCUGAAGCUGAAAGUGGACAAAUGCUCCCGACAGGACACUGUCUUCAUGAAGAAGCAUUCCCAGCAGCUCUAUAGGCACAUCUACCUGAGCUGUAAGGAGGAGACGAACAUCCAGAAGCACUACGAGGCCCUCUAUGGCCUGCUGGCGCUCAUCAGCAUCGAGCUGGCCAACGAGGAAGUGGUGGUGGACCUCAUCCGCUUGGUGCUGGCUGUUCAGGAUGUGGCCCAGGUCAAUGAAGAGAACUUGCCUGUGUACAACCGCUGUGCGCUCUACGCUCUGGGGGCAGCCUACCUGAACCUCAUCAGCCAGCUGACAACGGUACCUGCCUUCUGCCAGCACAUCCACGAGGUGAUAGAGACUAGGAAGAAGGAAGCUCCAUACAUGCUCCCUGAGGAUGUGUUUGUGGAGAGGCCCAGGCUGUCUCAAAAUCUUGAUGGCGUGGUCAUCGAGUUCCUCUUCCGCCAGAGCAAGAUCAGUGAAGUCCUGGGGGGCAGUGGCUAUAAUUCAGACAGGCUUUGCCUACCCUACAUCCCUCAGCUAACAGAUGAAGAUCGCUUAUCCAAGAGAAAGAGCAUUGGAGAGACCAUUUCCCUGCAGGUGGAAGUAGAAUCAAGGAACAGUCCAGAGAAGGAGGAGCGAGUGCCUGCCGAGGAGAUCACCUAUGAGACGCUGAAGAAGGCCAUUGUGGACAGUGUAGCGGUGGAGGAACAGGAGCGUGAGCGGCGGCGACAGGUGGUGGAGAAAUUCCAGAAGGCACCCUUCGAGGAGAUUGCAGCCCACUGCGGGGCCCGGGCAUCGCUGCUGCAGAGCAAGCUCAACCAGAUCUUUGAAAUCACCAUUCGGCCCCCUCCGAGCCCAUCAGGAACCAUCACCGCAGCCUACGGCCAGCCACAAAACCAUUCCAUCCCCGUCUAUGAGAUGAAGUUCCCCGAUCUGUGCGUAUACUGAAUUCCAAGACAUGGAGCCCCUCCGAGGAACAGGGCCUGAGGGAGGGGCUCACCUUCAUACCCACCCCUACCUUGUGGAAAUGUAGCUGGGAUCUCUGAAAAACAGUCACCUUGGAUGGCGACCAGCUAAGCAAAGGUGGCGCCUCUGGGCCUUCCCUGCCCUUCAUGGCCCUCCUGCCUCUGCCUUGUCUUCCCUGAGGGAGAUCCAGCCACCUGCCCCUCUGGGGCCAAUAAGCAUUUCACCUGCACCUUUUGUCUUCUCUUUUGUGUUGGCCAGGGACAGAGAAUCAUGGGGGCAUCUGCAGAGAGAAGCUGAGAGGUCUGGGAAGGUCCCGCUUGGUGUGUGGGGUGAAGGGC